ACCGACAAAUGCGGCGCAGCCUUCAGUCUGCCCAGUCGUCCACAACCCAUAACCCGCGGAUUUACAAUCAACAAUUGCCACAUAUUUGUGCCCGGGGAUCCGUUCCUCUCCCAUCGGUGUAUUUUCUAAAUAUGCGGUGGUUUGUGUCUCCGAACAUGGUCUAGCUAAACUCUCUGAUCCGUGAAGCAGCAACAGCCCGCCAGCACUGAGCCACGAUGUCCAGUAGCUCGGGCUACCCCCCCAGCCAGGGGAGCUUCAGCAGCGAGCAGAGCCGAUACCCCCCACAUUCUGUCCAGUACACUUUCACUGGCACACGCCACCAACAGGAUUUCACCGUCCCAGACUAUCGGGCUCACAUGCAGGAUCCACAGGGUCGCAGGAGACCAUCUUUACUGUCUGAAUUCCACCCUGGAACCGAAAGGCCUCCAGAGAGACGCCAUAAUUACGAACAGCAGUUUCACUCCGUCACAGCCCAGCCUGAGCAUGAGGCCUUGGAGGCUAAACGCCCUCGCAUGGAGACUGUUGCUGAGGCUCAUAUCACCCGCACCCCUUCCACUGCAGGGGGUAUUAUUCUGCCCAUGCCUCAUACUGUACAGGACAGCCUAAGAGCCACUGUGGAGGUCAAAAAGGAGUCACAGUUCACUGUCAAAGUGGAGUCCCAGUCCCCAGGAGGACCUUCACUGCACAUGGGGGAAGAGCAGGACACGUCUCCUUCCAAACUAUCCAAGGAGGAGCUGAUCCAGAGUAUGGACCGUGUGGACAGAGAGAUUGCUAAAGUGGAGCAGCAGAUUUUCAAGCUGAAGAAAAAGCAGCAACAACUUGAAGAGGAAGCAGCGAAGCCAGUGGAGCCAGAAAAGCCAGUGACCCCUCCCCCAGUGGAGCACAAGCACCGCAGCAUAGUCCAGAUCAUCUACGAUGAAAACCGGAAAAAGGCUGAAGAGGCUCAUAAAAUACUGGAAGGACUUGGUCCCAAGGUUGAGCUGCCUCUGUACAACCAGCCAUCAGACACAAAGGUGUACCAUGACAACAUCAAGACCAACCAAGUCAUGAGGAAGAAGCUGAUUUUGUUUUUUAAGAGGAGGAACCAUGCGCGUAAACAAAGGGAACAGAAGAUCUGUCAGCGCUAUGACCAGCUGAUGGAAGCGUGGGAGAAGAAAGUGGAGCGAAUGGAGAACAACCCCAGACGCAAAGCCAAGGAGAGCAGGACACGGGAGUACUACGAAAGACAGUUCCCUGAGAUCCGCAAACAGAGAGAGCAGCAGGAGCGUUUCCAGAGGGUCGGACAAAGAGGAACAGGCCUCUCUGCAACAAUUGCAAGAAGCGAGCAUGAAAUUUCUGAAAUCAUCGAUGGCCUUUCUGAGCAGGAGAACAAUGAGAAACAGAUGAGACAGCUGUCAGUCAUCCCUCCCAUGAUGUACGACUCCGAGCAGAGACGAGUGAAGUUCAUCAACAUGAACGGCCUGAUGGAUGACCCGAUGAAGGUGUACAAGUCCCGGCAGUUCAUGAAUGUUUGGACUGAACACGAAAAGGAGAUCUUUAAGGAGAAGUUUGUCCAGCACCCCAAGAACUUUGGCCUGAUCGCCUCGUAUCUCGAGAGAAAGUGUGUUGCCGACUGUGUCCUGUACUACUACUUAACCAAAAAGAACCACAACUAUAAGACGCUGGUGAGGCGGAACUAUGGAAGGAGGAGAGGAAGGAACCAGCAAAUAACACGUCCCUCACAAGAAGACAAGUCAGACGACAAGAACGAAGAGGACAAAUCUGAGAAGUCAGAGAAAAAAGAGGACGAGGAAAAGAAGGACGAGGAAGAGAAAGAUGAAAAGGAGGAUUCUAGGGACAUUGGCAAGGACAAAGACAAGUGUGACGGUGGGGAGGACGAGGACGGAAAGGAGCAAAACACGCCGCGUGGCAGGAAGACUGCCAACAGCCAGGGCCGCCGUAAGGGAAGGAUCACCACACGCUCCAUGGCCAAUGAGGCUGCAUCUGUGGCAGCUGAGGAAGCACCUCCCCCUGCCCCUGAGCCUGCCUUGCCAGAUCCUCCGCAACUCCCUAAAUCUGAUCCAGCGCAGAAGGCCAUGAAGGAGCCUGCAAAACCCCAGACUCCGGUGGCUUCCAUGGAUGCUAAUAAAGCGGGUGCUGGUGAAACCGGAGAAACUUCUCGCUGGACCGAGGAGGAGAUGGAGGUUGCCAAAAAAGGGCUUGUUGAGCAUGGCCGAAAUUGGACAGCCAUUGCCAAAAUGGUGGGUACUAAAAGCGAAGCGCAGUGCAAGAACUUCUAUUUCAAUUACAAGAGACGUCACAACUUGGACAACCUGCUCCAGCAGCAUAAACAGGAUUCACGGCGGGCUCGGGCUGAUAGGUCCCAAGGUGAAGGUCUCGCCACAGCGUCACCUGAUGAUGAUGAAGACAACGCAGAUGACAGUGAAGGUGGCGAUAACAGCUCGGAUACAGAGAGCGCCCCCUCCCCCUCACAGGCCGACUCCUCCAAGUCUGGUGACUCUAAGAGGGCAGACGGCACUGCCGGAGAUGCUCAGUGCUCUGACCAGGACAAUGGUCAGACCAGCAACGGAAAGGCCCCCGAGCCUUCAUACGGGGAACUCUGUGUCAAGGAAGAGAAAAGCCCUGAGAGUGAGUCUGGAUCCCAGGAGGAAAAAGCCAGGAUGACUUCCUUUGCGGGCUCAGUGCAUCCAAAAACUGAACCUCAGGAUGUGGACAUGAAGACUGGAGAGGUUCAGGUCAAGAUGGAGCCUGAACUCAAGGAGAAAGGAGAAAAGGGAGAUCAUGGCGAAAGGCAGAGAGAGCUCCACUCAGAUAAUGACUCCAGCGCCACCUGCAGUGCUGACGAGGAUGUGGAAGCAGAGCCUGAACGACAGAGAAUAUUCUCCAUGGAAAAGCCUUCACUGCUCAGCCCCCCAGGAUCAGUGCUGGUGUCCUCACCCAAACAAGCCCAACUCAACAUCCAGCAGCUGCACCAGCGGGCAGCUUCCAUCCCACCCAUGGUGCCUGGUUCUUUUGCCCCUGGCGGUGUGCCCAUCAGUGGCUUUACCAUGUUACAACACCAGAUCAAAGCAGUGCAUGAGUCAGCGCACCAGGAAGAGAAGCAGAGGCAGGAUCAGGGAGACCUGGAGCGCAGACCCCCCUUCAACACCCGCAGCCCCACCAUACUAGACAGAGAUGGUAAGCCCUUACCCUACAUGCCUUAUGACAUGAUGCUGGCUCUGGACCAGGAGGCCCAUUCUGGUCAGCCAGGCUCUCCUUACAGACUCUCCCCCAGGGAGCUGAGCAAGGCCUCACCCCAGCCUGACCCCAACGCCCCCAAUGCCUCCUUCUACAGUGUGCCGCCAGUCCUGCACCCUGCGUCCAGCCAGCUGAUCCAGAGUAUGCAAGAUGGAGUCCGCGUGACAUUCAGCAGACCCAGUCGGCCUCCCAACAUUCCCUCUCCUCCUCCACUCAUUCCAACCACCAAGCCCACAGACAAGCCCUCCUUCAUCCAAGGAGGCUCCAUCUCCCAGGGAACUCCUGGCACAUACUUGCCGUCUCAUGCUGUCUAUGGGCCAGAAGGGACUAAGAGUGCUGUGGGCUCCAUCUCUCUGGGUCUGCCUCGACAGCAGGAUCCUAACAAGCCUGGAGCUGCAGUUCCAUCCAUACAGGACGGUAGAGGCAACCCAGCAAAGGUUAAUGAGGGUAUCCCUUUUAAAGGAUCGAUCACUCAGGGCAAACCAGCCCUGCCCCAGUCCAGCAUUGCUGCUGACCUGCUGAAAGGCACAAUCGUAAAGAUAGCCACAGAGGACCUGAGCAGCCCAGACAAGGCCAGAGGAGAGCAGAUGGCUAAACCUCAUGUCAUUUAUGAAGGCAAGAUUGGUCACAUCCUCUCCUAUGAUGCUGUUAAGAACCCCAGGGAAAACACUCGCAGCCCUCGAACUGGCCAUGAGCUGAAGCGAACUCAUGACAUGAUGGAGGGACCCAUGGGCAGGGGACACCCUGGCAGGGAAGGAGCUCCGUUUGAGGGGUUAAUUAGCAGAGCCCUGCCCAGAGAAGGUCUCCAUGGGGACUCUAAGGAAAGACCAUUAAUGACUGGAUCUAUCAUGCAAGGAACGCCAAGAACUGCUGCAGAGACUUAUGAGGAUGCCAUGAAAUAUGGAAAACAGAUAAAGCGCGAGAGCCCACCUAUCCGCUCCUACGAAGGGGGUAUUGGCAAGGGCAAGCCCCAUGAGGGAGUGAAUACUAUCAAAGAGAUGGGACGCUCCAUUCACGAAAUCCCCCGUCAAGACCAGUCUGGCCAGGACAUCUGCAAGACCCCUGACCUGUUAGACAGACGGGUUAUGGAGGGCUCCAUGUCUCAGAUGCACUCUCUAAACCAGCCUACUAUCAAACACAAUGUGAAGUCCCUUAUCACAAGUCCCAGCAAGCUUCCCCACAGCAUGCCCCAACUCGAGGCCAUGGAACGAGCCAAAUACGAGGAGAGCAAGGCAGUACGCCACACAUCUGUGGUCAAUUCCACCACAUCUGUCCUACGCUCCACACACCAGGAGGCUAGCAAAUCCCAGCUUAGCCCGAGCAUGUAUGACGACGCCAACGCUCGUAGGACCCCUGUUAACUACAGCACCAAUCCCGUGUCCAGAGGAUCACCCAUGCUGGGACGUGGUCCAGACGGUGGUAUGAGCUCUGCAAAAUCUGCUGCACAUGAAAGAAAGAGUGCCAUGACCCCGACACAGAGGGACAGCGUCCCAGCCAAGUCCCCAGUGUCAGGAGGCGACCCUGUAGCCUCUCACAGUCCCUUCGACCCCCACCACCGUCCUGUUGUUUCCGGAGAAGUAUACCGACCCCACUUGCCUCCACAUCUUGACCCUUCCCUGGGCUUCCACAGAGUGCUAGAUCCCGCAUUCAUGUUCUCCAGGCAGCCAUCCCCAACAGGCUACCACACCUACCAGCUGUACACCAUGGAGAAUACACGGCAGACCAUCCUCAACGAUUAUAUCACGUCCCAGCAGAUGCAAGUCAUCCCUCGGCCUGACAUGGCCAGCAGAGGGCUGUCACCACGGGAACAGACUGUUGCUAUCCCUUACCCGGCCGGAGCUCGAGGGAUUAUUGAUCUAGCCCAGAUGCCUCCAACUAUCCUGUUGCCUCACCCUGGGGGAACAGGUACUCCCACUUUGGAACGCAUGGCCUACCUCUCUGGAGCUCAGCCCCCUUUCCCUCCUAGGGCUUUCAACCCAACCUCCAUAUCGCCAGGCCAUCCGACCCACCUUGCUGCUGCUGCUGCCAGUGCAGAGAGAGAACGGGAGAGGGAGCGUGACCGGGAGCAGCAGGAGAAAGAGAGGGAAAAGGAAAGGGAAAGGGAGCAGCGGGAGAGGGAGCGGGAGCGGGAACGCGAACGGGAAAUGAGAGAACGAGAGCGGGACCGAGAGCGAGAACGAGAGCGAAGCAAUGAAUACAUCCGUGGAGGUGGACAAGAUCAGCCAGUCCGGCCUGGGAGCCGAGGCUAUCUACACUCACCUUCUCCGUCGCUCAGGACACAGGAUGUAGUGGUUCAGCAGCGGCCAAGCAUCUUCCAGGGAAAGAGUGUCAUUACCUCUCUGAUGCCUCAUUCAGCAGCAGCGAUAUCAGCGCCACAGAGCUCCCGUUACAGUACUGCAGCUGACGCUCUGGCAGCUUUGGUGGACGCUGCAGCCUCUGCUCCACAGAUGGACGUGGCCAAGGUGAAGGAAAGCAAACAUGAACGGGAUGACGAUAUGUCUUCGUCUGCAGCUCGGCGAGCACCCAGCCUUUCUGAACAACAGCAACAGGAGGCAGAAAGACGAUCUCAGCACUCGCCGUACGGUGCUAUGUCUCUGCCAGGGGGUAAGCCCCAUCCAGUGUAUUCUGAGAGCCCUGGCGCAAAGGAUAAAGGACCUCAAACAAAGUCCCGCAUCGAAGAGGAGCUUCGGACUCACGGAAAGACGACUAUCACAGCCGCUAGCUUCAUUGACGUCAUCAUCAAACGUCAGAUAGCAACAGACAAGGACUCGCGGGACCGAGGCUCUCAGAGCUCUGACUCCUCCAGCAGCUUGUCAUCCAGUCGAUAUGACAACACUGGUGGAGCGGCCAUUGAGGUGAUUAGUCCUGCGAGUUCUCCAGUCCAAACCCAACAGGACAAACCAGAAGAUGGACAACAACAGGCAGCAGUUGGCAUGCGGGGUUACGAUACGAGUCGUUACCGGACAUUAGGGGAGCCACCACAGCAGCCCCCCUCCUCCCAGUCUGACAGCUACUCGCAGGUCCCCAAAACUCACAGAGUCAUGACCUUGGCAGACCACAUUUCGCAUAUCAUAACCCAGGACUUUGCCCGGAAUCAGGACCCUCCAGUCUCCUCUUCAGCCUCUGCUACAUUCCAGAGCGUGGGGCCACCCGUGUCCUCUUCAGGUCGAGUCAAGGUGCCCAGCCGCUACAGUCCUGAGAACCAGGCCCCGCACCACCAGAGACCCUCCAGCAGAGUUUCCCCAGAGAGCGGUCCAGACAAGCCCAGAUCCAGACCUGGUAAGUCUCCAGAGCUAGUAGGCAGGCCGAUGGAGACCUACGAACCCAUCUCUCCACCUCAGAGCUACCAAGGCAUGGACAAACAGGAGGCUGGCGGGCCUCCACCUCAGAGACGAGAGGCUGACAACUCAGAGAUCAGGAGUGACUCACGUUCCCCAGGGAGUGUCAGCUAUCUGCCUUCCUUUUUCACCAAGCUGGAGAGCACCUCACCGAUGGUGAAAUCCAAGAAGCAGGAGAUCUUUCGUAAGUUGAACUCCACCUCUGGUGUCGGUGAUUCUGAUGUUGGAAACGCACAACCAGGCACAGAAAUUUUCAACUUGCCUGCUGUUACCAGCUCCAGUAGCAUCAACCCUAGAAAUCACUCCUUUAGUGACCCAGCCAGUAACUUGGGCCUUGAGGACAUCAUCCGCAAAGCCUUGAUGGGCAACUUGGAGGAGAGACAGGAGGAGCACCAGGGAGGAUUAGGGGGUGUUGUCAACAACGCAUCCAGCGCAGGUGGUGAUGCCCGACAGGAGGCCACUCCGUCUCCCAGUAUGGGGAAGCAGAAGCAGGGCAAAGCCAACAGCCGGAAAUCUAAGUCACCUAACCUGGGUCAGGCCUACGCUGGAGGGGAGCGUCCCUCGUCAGUGUCCUCCGUCCACUCUGAGGGAGAUUAUCACAGACAAGCCCAACCCCAGUGGAGCUGGGAUGAACGACCCUCAUCCACAGGACCCAUGCAGUUCCCUUACAACCCGCUGACCAUGCGCAUAUUGAGCAACACGCCACCCACCUCCAUAGCUUCACCCUCCAUACAGAGCCAGCAGCAGCAGCAGCAGCAGCAGCAACAGCAGCCGCCUCCAGCUGGAGCCCCGGUGGCUCAGCAGCGAGUGUGGCAGUCUCUGCUGUCAGAGCAAUACGAGACCCUGUCUGACAGUGACGACUGAGCCCUGCUUGCUGCAGCCCCAAUAACCAGAAGAGAGGCCUGCGCCGAGGCUUGUCUGUAUACCCCCCUCUGCCAGAACUGACCUCGCUCACUGGCGAGUGUGACAAGUAGAUGGGAUGGUGUCCUUUUUAUUUUUGGUGCUAUGGCGCCCCCUGGCUGUUAGCUAAGCGUAAGCAGCAGCCUGUGACAGGCAGGGCUCUCCUGAACAAGACUUGCUUUUGGUCCGGAAGCACUCACCCAGCCUGUCAGGGGAAUAAACUCAACUGAGGGGAUGACGUGAGCUAUAGUAAAGAUGAAGAACUUAAUAUGUAAAAAGAAACAACAUAAGAAACUAUUUCUGAAUUUUGUUUGAUUUCUGUAAAGAUAUACCUUGUCUUUAAGAAAAUCAUUGUAUGUAAAUAGAGUAACCUUUUGCAGUGUUUUUCUUAACUUGAUUAUUUCUUAUUUUAAUGUCGCUUUUAAAUUGAUACACUUUAAAUGGAAAGAGUAGGGGUGUUAUCUUUAAUAUCACAGUUGGUCUCUCCCAGUUCGCCCCCAGAACCCAUGUCACCCACUCAAAUAUUUUUACCAUAGCGACGCUAAGAGAGACCGGACCUGUGGUUUGUACUUGACCAUGAGUGGAGCACAGAGAUUGUGCCACGCUGCGCGCCAUCCACCAAGCACCACCAGAGCCUGAACAUUGUGGACAUUAGAGGACAAAACAAAACACAGACUAACAUUUCGAACAGCGUUGAUAUCUGAUGCCUGUCUUCGUCACACAGUGGAGAGGAUGCAUGGAUUGUAACUAUCAGAUGGCAGAGAUAACGUCUCACCCCAUUCUAGACAGAGAAAUGUCUUCAAAACAAGUUGAGAACACUGGUGUCAUAGCAGAAAGGUGAAAAGUCUGAUAUAAGCUUAAUUUUGCCGGAAAUGAUAUCCUUAUGACUACUCCUGGACCCCGUCUGAAUAAUGAAAGUGAGCCAAUGUGUUUUUUUGUUUUUUUUCUUUCAACAGAGCUGACUAUGUGGUGUGUCACAUGUAGCUGUCUCUCUGCAGUUUCCAACCUGUCCAGAAUGAUUUGCUCUGCAAUGUUGUCAUGGUAAAAAAAAGUAUGUCAGGAAGUUUUUUUUUGGAUGCUUUUGCCAUGCCUUGUGACUUGAGAAAGAAGGCAGCUUUAACUAAUUUUCUCAGAGAUAUACGUUGGUGUUUGAUGUUUGUAUUUGUUUCUGUAGUCCCUCUCUUUCUUUCUUUCUUUUUUUUUCCUUUUUUUUUUUUUUGAUACUGUCCUGACAAAAAUCUGAACUCUGUAAAUUGUCUUUCCAUUACACAAAAAGACAAAACUAACCAAACGUACAGAAUGGUCUGCACCAUUGUUGCACUUUUUUUUUUUGCUUUGUAGCUUUUGACAACAAAAAGCAUACUACCUGCUGUGUAACUUAUUCAACCUCCAGCCCAGGAGUAUACUAAGAUGUGCUUUAACUUUUCCCACCACUCACAGAAAUCUGGAUGUUUUGACUUUCUGUCUUUUCUUGUAGCUGGUACAUGAGUUGUUUUUUUUUUCUUUUUUUUUUCUUUAGUGUGACACUUGCAUCACAGUUACAGUUUUAAGUGUAUGGUACAGUUAAAUGUUUAGGAGUCUGCUGUCGUGGUGAUUCAAAACCGUGACCACUUAAUCUCUGCUUUUAUUGUGUCAACUAUAAGGCAUAAAGCUUUGAAUAUGAAUUAUACUAGGUCAACAUCAUAAAUGGCAGUAACGUUUCUUUCUGAGUCGUUUUUUUUUUUUUCUUUCUUUAGAUAUGUGAAAAACAGUACCAUAUUUUUUUGGCUUUUUCGGGUUUCACUUUGCUCAGUUAACAAAUCCAUUCUGCUCUAAACUUGAUAUUUCCUCUUUUCCUUUCAUUUUGAUUUUGAAUCACUUGUCGUAGCACAUGUUCAGAUUUUUAUUUUCUGUCAUUUUCAACAUCUAUGUUAUCCAUCCUGUUUAGAUGGGAUGUUAUGUGUUUACAGACGCAAUGACAAAAAAAGUUUACAAACUUGAAUCUUAAAAAAAAGAAAUCCGACAUGAAGCCGAAAAAGAAUUGGAGCAUCUUUUCAGCUCUCUAUCAAACACACAGUGAUGACUUUUUUUGUCUUUUUGAAAUUGAGACUUGAAACCCCGUGUAUCCUAUGAUGUUGAAAUGCAAUGUUUGUAUCGCACAAUGUCUCUUAGUAGGCUAUUACAAGAGUUCAGACCAAUCAAAUAAAGUGGAUCAGUUCUCCACCACUGAAAA